AUGCUGCUGCCGGACCAACUCCUAGGCAUCUACGGCCAGUAUAAGCAGGAUACAGACUCGGUCGCACCGAAGAGCGGACGGCUGAAGGGCAAGGACAGGAUCAAGGCUCGCGGUGACGGCAGAGCAAAGAAGGGCCCCACGCCGGUAGAGAAGAAGACUACAAGGUACGUGGUUGCCAUCAAGGACUUCCUACCACUGGCCAACUUCGUCGCUGAUUGCCGGGAUCCGGCUGUUUCGGUGCCCGAUGCCUUUUUCACCACGAUUGACCGCCUUAUUGACCUGCGGUCCGGAUUCCGAAGGAGGUUAAGCGAUUACGGACUGGAACCGGACGACAAGUCUGACGAGCGGCAUCAAUACUUCGUCGCCGUUCUCAAGGCGGUCAGGGAAGCGUUGCGGCCGCGGGCGGCUGCUGCAACGGUACCUACAGAGGCGGAUAACGCUGCCGACACCGGCCGUACUGCGCCUAAGGAGUCGUCUGAUGAUCUUAGCAACCGUUUUGCUGCUCUGUCUGUCGAAGAGCCGUCGCAGGCCUUCCUCGACGCGUUCCGCAAUGCGCCCCAUGCAAGGCCGGAACCGCGCGGGAAGGACCCGGUGUCGUACGAAGCAGAACCCCAGACGUCCCUUGAGGAUGUUUUCUUUGCCUUUACGGUGCUGGUGAACGACCUGAGCAGGAUCCGGUCUCGGAUCGAGUGGAUCUGGUCAGAACACCGCAACGGCAUCUUCGAUCUUGCCGCUGCUGCUGUCGCUACCAACACGGCCAUCUCUGUCGCUCGCGGGUGGAUAGAAGACAUCUCUCCUCUUUUGGGCGCGCAAGACGGAGGCCUCGAGGGUAUCCUCAACACAUUCUAUUUUAUGGCCUGCCGCCGGAAUGGGUUUGCAGUCGAACAGGUCUACCUCGCCGACAGCAGGGACAACUUUAACUAUGAUACUUACGACGUGGCUGACGGGUGCUACGUCGUCGCCUUCCGACUAUUGCAGGGCUUUGCCGCCGUCCUGAACCCCCGCGAUCUUCCGAUCAUCAAGGAGGGCAUGUUUGGCAAAUACAACCCCAAUAGCGACCGUGCCUCGAAGACGGGCCGGGAAAAGUUCCAGGAGGACACCAUCCUCCUCAUGGAAUUUUUCACCGAACUCAUUACCGUCGUUCGACUGAUCCCUGGCUACCCGGUUGAGGACGAGUUUCUGCGGGAGAUGAGGAGAUUUGACAAGACGCCUGUCAUCUCUCUUUCGCUUGUGUUUACAGCCCAGGUCUUUCUAGACAUCCACCACACGAUGCGUGCCGCGACACGACGGAGCUUUGAGGCUAUGGUCAAGGAGACCAGUGUGAUGGAUAAUUCGCUAGGGAGCCACCUAGAGUUUCACAAACACUUGAAGAUCAACAACUGGCCUGCUUCGAACGACCACGCGCUGCGGGAGCUCAGUCGUCUGAUCCAGUGGAUGGCUAAGGACCCGGUGCACGGCGCCAAGGCGAGGGUUAGCAUAGGCUUAGGAAUGCCUGUGCCCCCGGAGAUGGAGGUCCAUCGCAUCAUGAUCUACUCGCCCUUGCUGAGCGGUCUCUUCCUCUUCCGUCUCCGCACCGAGAUGUACGACAUUGGCCUGGCCGUCGCUAAUGCCUGGGGUUCCGUCACGUACACCGCCCACCUACGGCCUGUGGCCUGA